AUGAAAACCUUGAUCGCGCUUGCUCUAUUUGCAGCGUAUACAACAGCUGUACCGCCUGCUUCUUUCGGGUUUCCUCAAAGCGAGGGUAACACACCCCUGUCAGUCGUUUACCAAGCCAACGGAUCUGCUCUUCCUGUACAGCCUGGUAACCUCUUUGGCAUCAAUGUCCCUGCCGAGGCGCCUUCUAUCGCCGUCAAUGAAUCUUACCAGUCUCUCGGUUCUGCUUAUACAGGUCAAUAUGUGUUCUUCAUGCUAGAUCCCGAUGCCUCGUACCCAGAGAAUCCACAGAAUCGAUGGGUCAUUCAUUGGUGGCAGCAAGGCCUCACCAAGUCUACUUCGCAGGUCAAUGACUCGGGUAUCGGCGGUACAUUGCUUCAAAAUAACACACAGCCUCGAGUGGCAUAUCGCAGGCCUCGCCCUCCUACUAACAGUUCAGCCCACAGAUAUAUCCAAUAUCUCUUUGAACAGCCUCCCAAUUUUUCGAUUCCAGCAAUCUACUCUGGCUACAACAACACCAACGCUUCCAGGUUUCCUUUCGAGCAAUUUGUAGCUGAUGCAGGCUUGAAUCAGCCUGUUGCUGCCAACUAUUUCUAUUGCUCCAACCAGACGGCUGUUCCAGCCACUUUUGUUGCGGCUCCCGGGGGUCAAUAUCCAGGUGGUAAUGGUGCUAUGAUCACUCAGGGCACGAAUUUACCCUCCGCAACAAGCACAAUGGUAGGCCCCACAUCUGCUACCUCACCAGCAGUCUAUACUGGAUCUGCAGCCUCAGUUGAGCCUGGAAGCUAUGUGGCACACUUCCUUCUGGCAUUCGGUGCUUCGUGGGCAUUCAUAAUGUAG